AUCAUUCUCUAGGAAUGAUGGUCUCACUAAUCAUAAACGUAUUCAUAUGGGUCUGAAGCCAUAUCACUGUGAUGUCUGUGGUAAAUCAUUCUCACAGUCUGGUAACUUAACUAAACACAAACGGACCCAUACAGGGGAUUAACUAUAUCAGUGUGUUGGAUAUUUUUCAUACAGAGAAGCUUUUAUGACUGAUAUCUGUAGUGAAUCCUUCUCUCAACUGACUUUACUAAACACAAAUGUGUUCAUACAUGAGAAAGUCAUAUCACUGUGAUAUCCAUUGUAAAUCAUUCUAUAUAACUGGUGCUUUGAAUAGACACAAACAUAUUCAUACACAAAGGAGGCCAUACCAUUGUGAUAUCGGUAGUAAAUCAUUCUAUAUAACUGGUGCUUUGAAUAGACACAAACAUAUUCAUACACAAAGGAGGCCAUACCAUUGUGAUAUCGGUAGUAAAUCAUUCUAUAUAACUGGUGCCUUGAAUAGACACAAACAUAUUCAUACACAAAGGAGGCCAUACCAUUGUGAUAUCGGUAGUAAAUCAUUCUAUAUAACUGGUGCCUUGAAUAGACACAAACAUAUUCAUACACAAAGGAGGCCAUACCAUUGUGAUAUCGGUAGUAAAUCAUUCUAUAUAACUGGUGCUUUGAAUAGACACAAACAUAUUCAUACACAAAGGAGGCCAUACCAUUGUGAUAUCUGUGGUAUAUCAUUCUGUAAUUUAAAUACCUUAGUUACAAACAUAUUCAUACAAGAAAUCAAUAUAGCUGUGAUAUCCGUGGUAAAUCAUUCACGUGAAGGUUUCAUUUGUGCUGUAUCCUUUUCUCAAGCAAACGUUUUACAUUCUCACAAAUGUGUUCAGACAGGAGGAAAGUCACAGCAUUGUGAUGUCUCUGAGAAAUCAUUCCCUGACAAAAUGGAAUUAUCUCCCCAUUUAGCUAUUCACUUAGGAAGUACAACUGUAUUAUUGGUCCAAAUUCGUUACCUCACACAAUGAUAAACCUCUCAAGACAAUUUUUUUAUUCGCUGAAGCAAUAUCUACCCUCGACUCUUCCUAAUCACUCAUCUCAUUUUGUUUCCCCAUUUUGAAAUAAUCUUUUAAAGCUAAAUGCUUUUCCUGAUGCCAGCCGUUUAAUCACCUUUUACAUUCCAUAGGCAGGGCAUGCCAUACAUGUGCUGUAAAACCAAGAUGCAGUGUUUGUCACAGUUCAUUCUAUGAUAACUUAUAUAAUCAUCAAUGCAUUCUCAAAGGAACAAAAUAUAAUGCUAUUAUUUUACAUAUAACUACUACUGUGUCGACAUAAUUGUGGUAACUUACUGCUGUAGUAUUUCUAAUAAAAAUCCUUUAUUCACUACGCUUGUAUGUAUUCCAUCAUGCCUGCCCCACUCUUCCCCACCUGUUCCUGUAAAUUAUCCAACAUCAUGUCGCUUCUGUCAUCCCUCUCUUGU